AUGCCACCAAAUGAUGUAUCAACGACUUUACCAGUCCAAGAAUCUAAAUCAACCGUUGUGGUUGUUGGACUUGGUAUGGUCGGUUUAUAUUUUAUAGAAAAAUUAUUACAAUUUGAUGUAAGAAAUCAAUUCAGAAUUGAAACUUUUUGUGAAGAAUCAUUAGUCGGCUUGACUCAAUAUUUUACUCAUCGUUCUGAAGAAAGAUUAUUAAUGCAACCACCAUCGUGGUACGAAGAAAAUGACGUCACCGUCCAUAUGAAUGACAAAGUCACUCUCAUUGAUCGAUCAAAUAAAUGUGUCUAUUCUUCUAAUGGUCUUAUCGUUCCAUACGAUUAUUGUAUUAUCGCUACUGGUUCUUACGCUUGGGUACCACCAAUUCCAAAUGCGGAUAAACCUGGUGUGUUUGUAUAUCGUACUAUAGAUGACUUGAAUAAUAUGAUCUCUUAUAGUAAAUCCGCUAAACGUGCCGCUGUUAUUGGUGGUGGUUUACUUGGUCUUGAAGCUGCUAAAGCUUUAUAUGAUUUGGGUUUGGAAGUAACUAUCGUGGAACGAAAUCCUUUACUUAUGUCUCGACAAUUGGAUCGAAAAGGUGGAAAGAUAUUAUUACGUGAAAUUGAAAAAUUGGGUAUAAAAGCUUCUUUAUCAUUACCUCCAAAAGAAAUUGUUAUUGAUGAUAAUGGAAAGACAAAAGGAAUUUUAUUCGAAAAUGGUCAUAUCUCUGAAUUUGAAAUUGUGGUCAUUGCUGCGGGCAUUAGGCCACGUGACGAGAUUGCUAAAGCUUCUGAUAUUUCAACCCACCCAAAAGGUGGUAUUUUUGUUGAUGAUCAAUUACAAACAAAUGAUCCCAAUAUCUUUGCUGUUGGUGAAGUAGCUUUACAUGCCGGCAUGGUUUAUGGUUUGGUUGCUCCUGGUUAUGAAAUGGCUGAAGUCGUUGCUGCAAAUUUGUCUUCUUCUAGUAGUUUUAGAAGAAAAUUUAUGGGUAGUGAUCUUUCAUGCAAACUUAAACUUCUUGGUGUUCAUGUCGCCAGUUUUGGUGAUUAUUUUGCUGGUGAUGACGUUGCAAUGUCUUUGGUUUAUAAAGAUCCUUUUGGUUCAGUCUAUAAAAAAUAUUUGUUUACAAAAGAUGGUAAACAUCUUUUAGGUGGAAUAAUGGUUGGUGAUACUAAUGAUUAUGCAAAACUUCAUGCUUUAUAUAAAUCAAAAAAACCAUUGACAAUGGCUCCUGGUGAACUUAUCCUUGGUGUUAAAUCUGGUCAAGCUCCAGGUGCUGAUGAUUUACCUGAUGAAGCUCAGAUUUGUUCAUGUAAUAAUAUAUCUAAAGGUCAAGUUAGAGCUGCUGUUCGAACCAAUAAUUGUCGAUCUAUUGGUGAAGUCAAAUCAUGUACCAAAGCUGGUACUGGUUGUGGAGGUUGUAUUCCUUUGGUGACAGAAAUUUUCCAGGCAGAAAUGAAAUCUAUGGGUCAAAAAAUUACUGAAAACAUGUGUCCUCAUUUCGAAUAUACUCGUGUUGAAGUAUUUCAACUUGUUAAAAUUAAAAAAUUGAAAACGUUCAAAGAAAUCAUUGAUACUAUUGGUAAAAAAGGUUCACGUGGUUGUGAAAUUUGCAGACCUGCAAUAGCAUCUAUUCUAGCCAGUUUGUGGAAUGAUCCAAUUUUAGAUCAUUCCAAUCUUCAAGAUACCAACGACCGUUUUCUUGCAAACAUUCAACGUGAUGGUACUUAUUCUGUUGUUCCACGUGUACCGGGUGGUGAAAUUACACCACAAAAACUUGUUGUACUUGGUCAAGUUGCUGAUAAGUACGGCUUGUACACAAAGAUUACUGGUGGUCAACGUAUUGACCUUUUUGGUGCAGCAAAACAGGACUUACCUGAUAUCUGGGAAGAACUUGUAAACGCUGGUUUUGAAUCAGGUCACGCUUAUGGAAAAGCCUUGAGAACUGUCAAAUCUUGUGUAGGAUCCACUUGGUGUCGAUAUGGAAUUGGUGAUUCUGUUGGAUUUGCAAUUCGAAUUGAAGAUCGUUAUAAAGGAAUUCGAUCUCCACAUAAAUUAAAAGGUGGUGUAUCGGGUUGUAUUAGAGAAUGUGCAGAGGCACAAGGAAAAGAUUUCGGUCUUAUUGCUACCGAUAAAGGUUUUAAUAUUUAUGUUUGCGGAAAUGGUGGCUCAAAACCAAAGCAUGCUGUUUUAUUGGCAAAAGAUGUUCCAGAAGAAUUGUGUGUUAAAUAUUUAGACCGUUUCUUGAUGUACUAUAUUCAUACUGCUGAUAAAUUGACACGUACUGCAAGAUGGCUUGAAAAAAUGGAUGGUGGUAUUGAUUAUCUUCGCAAGGUUAUUAUUGACGACCAUUUAGGAAUAUGUAAAGACUUGGAAGAAGAUAUGGCACGUCUUAUUAACACGUAUCAAUGUGAAUGGGCAGGAGUAAUCAAAGAUCCUGUAAAACGAACUCAAUUUAGACAAUUUGUUAACACACAAGAUACCCAAGAUUCUGUAGAAAAAAUUACUGAACGUGGACAACGACGUCCCGCAGAUUGGCCAAAAGAAUUUUCAGAAAAAUCUAUUGAACAAUCCGAUCAAAAAUCCGAUCAAAAAUCUUGGGUUAAAAUAGCCCCAAUAGAUUCUUUCCCUGAAGAUUCAGGUCAAGUCAUAAAAUAUUCUGAUACUCAAAUUGCUAUAUUUAAUAUGGACGAACGAAAACACUGGUAUGCAACGCAGAAUAUGUGCCCACAUAAGAGAGCUUUUGUACUGUCUCAAGGGCUGAUUGGCGAUGAUGAAAAUGGAGCUCUUCAUGUUAGUUGUCCUAUGCAUAAGAAAAAUUUUGCCCUGGAAACCGGUGAAUGUUUAUCAGGAGACGUAGGAUUGAAAUUAAUGACCUUUGACUUGAAGCUUGAAGAUAACUAUGUUUGGCUUUAUCUUCCACCACCUCAGGAGCUUGACAGAAUACUUGGAACCGGAAAAUGGAUGGUUAAAAAAAGUCAUACAGCAAAGAAAUCAAAGGAGACUGGUGUACAAAUAGUAGGAAGUGCAAUGGGAUGUAGUAGUGUUGGUUGUGGUGAUAAGAAAUUGGAUUGGUAA